GCAGUGACACUGAGCGGGCGCAGGGGGCCGAGUCGGAGACGGUGCCUGAGUUCGGGAGCGGCAACAGAGGGGGCAUAGACACACCGAACAACCUCGCCGCCGCCUCUGCGUUCUUGUUGACUGCCUGGGUGCCCCCUCCCCUACUCCUUGGCUCCUGGCGAAGAGGCUGCGCGCUGCUGUUUGGGGAGGGGGUGUGUGGAGCCGGGUCCUGUGUCCGCAGUGGCUGCUGUCGGGGGUUCGUCUGAUUGCGAAGGUGUGGAGAGACUCCUUGGGGGUCGAGCAAAUAACGGGGUUCGGGUGUCUGGUGUGUGAACAUCACAGGUCUAUUCUGGAUAGCAGGUUUUGUGAAGACAUUUAUUCUUUCUUGGACCUCAGAUUUCCCAGACAUCUCAUGUUGGUACCUGUUAUUAGGUCCAAGUCUUUAGCAUCUUAAGGAAAUACAGAAUAAUAUAACGUCUGGAUAGAACAAACUUGUAGUUUUAUACAUUGUUUGCAUUUGUCACAUAGAAAUUUUAUAAUUUUAUAGCCUUGUGCUAGUUAAUAAAUAUGGGAUUUAUGAAGUAAUUCUACUAUGGUUAUGGCGACAGAAAAGAAGGGUUUGUGGAUGCACUUAGAUGUUUGCAAUGAGCACUGUGGCUGGCAUGCCCCAGUGUUUUGGAUACCAAUGCAUAGGACUCCAUAGUAAUCGAAUUUACCAGAGGCGAACGUCAUGAGCAUAGUGAUCCCAUUGGGGGUUGAUACAGCAGAAACGUCAUACUUGGAAAUGGCUGCAGGCUCAGAACCAGAAUCCGUAGAAGCUAGCCCUGUGGUAGUUGAGAAAUCCAACAGUUAUCCCCACCAGUUAUAUACCAGCAGCUCACAUCAUUCACACAGUUACAUUGGUUUGCCCUAUGCGGACCAUAAUUAUGGUGCUCGUCCUCCUCCAACACCUCCAGCUUCCCCUCCUCCAUCAGUUCUUAUUAGCAAAAAUGAAGUAGGCAUAUUUACCACUCCUAAUUUUGAUGAAACUUCCAGUGCUACUACCAUCAGCACAUCUGAGGAUGGAAGUUAUGGUACUGAUGUAACCAGGUGCAUAUGUGGUUUUACACAUGAUGAUGGAUACAUGAUCUGUUGUGACAAAUGCAGUGUUUGGCAACAUAUUGAUUGCAUGGGGAUUGAUAGACAGCAUAUUCCUGAUACCUAUCUAUGUGAACGUUGUCAGCCUAGGAAUUUGGAUAAAGAGAGGGCGGUGCUACUACAACGCCGGAAAAGGGAAAAUAUGUCAGAUGGUGAUACCAGUGCAACUGAGAGUGGUGAUGAAGUUCCUGUGGAAUUAUACACUGCAUUUCAACAUACUCCAACUUCAAUUACUUUAACUGCUUCAAGAGUUUCCAAGGUCAAUGAUAAAAGAAGGAAAAAAAGUGGGGAGAAAGAACAAAACAUUUCAAAAUGUAAAAAAGCCUUUCGUGAAGGAUCUAGAAAGUCAUCAAGAGUUAAGGGUUCAGCUCCAGAAAUUGAUCCUUCAUCUGAUGGUUCAAAUUUUGGAUGGGAGACAAAAAUCAAAGCAUGGAUGGAUCGAUAUGAAGAGGCAAACAAUAACCAAUAUAGUGAGGGUGUCCAGAGGGAGGCACAAAGAAUAGCUCUUAGAUUAGGCAGUGGAAAUGACAAAAAAGACAUGAAUAAAUCAGAAUUGAACACCAACAAUUUACUCUUCAAACCUCCUGUAGAGAGCCAUAUACAAAAGAAUAAAAAAAUUCUGAAAUCUGCCAAAGAUUUGCCUCCUGAUGCACUUAUCAUUGAAUACAGAGGGAAGUUUAUGUUGAGAGAACAGUUUGAAGCAAAUGGAUAUUUCUUUAAAAGACCAUACCCUUUUGUUUUAUUCUACUCAAAAUUUCAUGGGCUAGAAAUGUGUGUUGACGCAAGAACUUUUGGAAAUGAGGCUCGAUUCAUCAGGCGAUCUUGUACACCCAAUGCAGAAGUGAGGCAUGAAAUUGAAGAUGGAACCAUACAUCUUUACAUUUAUUCUAUACAAAGUAUUCCAAAGGGUACUGAAAUUACUAUCGCCUUUGAUUUUGAUUAUGGGAAUUGUAAGUACAAGGUGGAUUGUGCCUGCCUCAAAGACAAUCUAGAAUGCCCUGUUCUGAAACGUAGUUCUGAAUCCACGGAAAAUAUCAACAGUGGUUAUGAGACCAGAAGGAAAAAAGGAAAAAAAGACAAAGAUAUUUCAAAAGAAAAAGAUACACAAAAUCAGAAUAUUACUUUGGAUUGUGAUGGAACAGUCAACAAAAUAAAGAGUCCAGAAACAAAACAGAGAAAGCUUUCUCCCCUGAGAUUAUCAGUAUCAAAUAAUCAGGAACCAGAUUUUAUUGAUGAUAUAGAAGAAAAAACUCCUAUUAGCAAUGAAGUAGAAAUGGAAUCAGAGGAGCAGAUUGCAGAAAGGAAAAGAAAGAUGACUAGAGAAGAAAGGAAAAUGGAAGCAAUUUUGCAAGCUUUUGCCAGACUUGAAAAGAGAGAGAAAAGACGAGAACAAGCUUUGGAACGGAUCAGCACAGCCAAAACUGAAGUUAAAACUGAAUGUAAAGAUGCACAGCUUGUCAGUGAUGCUGAAGUUAUUCAGGAACAAGUAAAGGAAGAAACUGCUAACAAGCCAACCCCUGCCAAAGUGAAUAGAACAAAACAGAGAAAAAGUUUUUCUCGAAGUAGGACUCACAUUGGACAGCAGCGUCGGAGACACAGAACUGUCAGCAUGUGUUCAGAUAUCCAACCAUCUUCUCCUGAUAUAGAAGUUACAUCACAACAAAAUGAUAUCGAAAACACUGUACUUGCCAUAGAACCAGAAACUGAAACUGCAGUAGCAGAAAUAAUUACUGAAACUGAAGUCCCAGCACUUAAUAAAUGUCCUACAAAGUACCCCAAAACAAAGAAGCACUUGGUCAAUGAAUGGUUAAGUGAGAAGAAUGAGAAGACAGGAAAGCCUUCAGACAGCCUUUCAGAAAGGCCUCUGCGUAUAACUACAGAUCCAGAAGUGUUAGCUACACAGCUCAAUUCUUUACCAGGCCUCACUUAUAGUCCCCAUGUAUACUCUACUCCUAAGCAUUAUAUUAGAUUUACUUCACCAUUCCUUUCAGAAAAAAGGAGAAGGAAAGAACCUACUGAAAACAUUUCUGGCUCGUGCAAAAAGCGAUGGUUGAAACAAGCUCUAGAAGAAGAAAAUUCAGCAAUUUUACACAGAUUUAAUUCACCCUUUCAAGAAAGAUCCAGAAGUCCUACAGUCAAUGGUGAAAAUAAAAGUCCACUACUAUUAAAUGAUAGCUGUUCCCUUCCAGAUUUAACUACACCACUAAAAAAACGAAGACUUUAUCAGUUGCUAAAUUCUGUUUACUCAGAAACCUCCACACCUACUCCUUCACCAUAUGCUACACCAACUCAUACGGAUAUUACUCCUAUGGACCCAUCAUUCGCCACUCCUCCACGGAUAAAAUCAGAUGAUGAAACUUGUAGAAAUGGUUAUAAACCUAUAUAUUCACCAGUUACUCCAGUAACUCCUGGUACACCAGGAAAUACCAUGCAUUUUGAGAAUAUUUCUUCCCCAGAAAGUUCUCCGGAAAUAAAGAGACGCACUUACAGCCAAGAGGGAUAUGAGAGAUCUUCAACCAUCUUAACUUUGGGGCCUUUUAGAAAUUCCAGUUUAACUGAGUUGGGUCUGCAAGAAAUAAAGACCAUUGGUUAUACCAGCCCUAGGAGUAGGACUGAAGUCAACAGGCAGUGCCCUGGAGAAAAGGAACCUGUGUCAGACCUUCAACUGGGACUGGAUGCAGUUGAGUCAAGCGCUUUACAUAAAACAAUGGAAACACCUGCACAUGACAGGACUGAGCCUAACAGCCAACUGGAUUCGAGUCACUCUGGACGGGGCACAAUAUAUUCUUCCUGGGUAAAGAGUCCUGACAGAACAGGAGUUAACUUCUCAGUGAACUCCAACCUGAGGGACUUGACACCCUCACACCAAUUGGAGGUUGGAGGAGGCUUCCGAAUAAGUGAGUCAAAGUGCCUGAUGCAGGAUGAUACUAGAGGCAUGUUUAUGGAAACAGCUCUGUUUUGUACUUCCGAAGAUGGGCUUGUCUCUGGUUUUGGACGGACCGUUAAUGACAAUUUGAUCGACGGGAGUUGCACACCCCAGAAUCCACCACAAAAGAAAAAGGUUUCUCUAUUAGAAUACCGUAAGAGACAACGUGAAGCUAGGAAAAGUGGCUCUAAGACAGAAAACUUUCCUCUGGUUAGUAUAUCACUUCAUGCAAGUGGAAACCUGAGCAACAAUAGUGAUGGGUGUGUCCAAAGUAAUGAAACCGGAGAACAGGCAGAAAACACAGCUAGCCUGCCUUUACCAACACCAGCUGCAGUUUAUAAUGCUACUUCUGAAGAAACCAGCAAUAACUGUCCUGCUAAAGAAGCUGCCAGUGAGAAGAAUGAACCUGAAGUUCAGUGGACUGCCUCCACUUCAGUAGAACAAGUGAGAGAAAGGAGUUACCAGAGAGCUUUACUUCUUAGUGAUCACCGAAAAGAUAAAGACAGUGGGGGAGAAUCACCUUGUGUCUCAUGUUCACCGAGUCAUGUUCAGUCUUCACCUUCAUCUCAUUCAAAUCACAUUUCCCAGUUGCAAGCUAAAGGCCUAGCCCCUUCUUUCAGUGAACUCAUGGAAGACCCUGACUCUGAAAAUCCAGAACCCACAACUACAAAUGAAUGUCCAUCCCCAGAUACUUCUCAAAACACUUGUAAAAGCCCUUCAAAAAUGAGCAAGCCUGGUUCACCGGGACCUGUAAUUCCUGCUCAACCACAUGGGAAAAUACUCACAAAACCAGACCCCCAUUGGGAGACAACAGUUAUUGUAUCAGAAGCUGAGAACAGUGUUCACCUAAAAACAGAGCUCCAACAAAAACAGCUAUCAAAUAACACCCAAGCACUUUCAAAGAACCAUCCUCCUCAGCCACAUGUUCGCAGUUCAUCUGAGCAACUUUCACAAAAGCUGCCUUCUGCACCAACGAAGUUGCACUGUCCUCCAUCACCCCACAUAGAAAACCCUCCUAAGCCAUCUACGCCUCACACACCUGUACAGCAUGGUUAUCUCUCACCAAAGCCUCCUGCACAGCAGUUAGGAUCUCCCUACAGGCCUCAUCAUUCACAGUCACCUCAAGUUGGAACCCCUCAGCGAGAGCCUCAGAGAAAUUUUUAUCCAGCAGCACAGAACCUUCAAGCCAAUACUCAGCAGGCAACUUCUGGAGCAUUAUUUACACAGACACCCUCAGGACAAUCUUCAGCAACAUACAGUCAGUUUAACCAACAGAGUGUGAACAGCACGGCACCCCCACCCCCACCCCCUCCGCCUCCUUCUUCGUCUUAUUAUCAAAACCAGCAGCCCCCUGCAAACUUUCAGAAUUAUAAUCAGCUCAAAGGUAGUCUUGCCCAACAAACUGUGUUUACAUCAGGACCAAAUCAAGCACUUCCUGGCACCACAAGCCAGCAAUCAGUUCCAGGACACCAUGUUACUCCAGGGCAUUUUUUGUCCUCUCAGAACCCCACCAUUCACCAUCAAACUUCUGCUGCAGUCGUCCCACCCCCUCCUCCUCCACCACCUGCUCCAGGACCACACCUUGUACAACAGCCGAAUUCCCAUCAGCAACACUCUGUAGCACAUGUAGUAGGGGCAGUUCAUGCUGUCACCCCUGGGUCACAUAUGCAUUCUCAAACUGCUGGACACCAUUUACCACCACCCCCUCCACCCCCUGGUCCUGCCCCUCAUCACCAUCCACCACCCCAUCCUUCCACAGGACUCCAAGGUCUACAAGCACAACACCAGCAUGUUGUAAAUUCAGCACCCCCGCCUCCUCCUCCCCCUCCUCCGUCCAGUGUUUUGGCUUCUGGGCAUCAUACGACAUCAGGCCAAGCUUUACACCACCCACCUCAUCAAGGACCUCCACUUUUUCCUUCAAGUGCUCAUCCAGCUGUACCACCGUAUCCCUCACAAGCUACACAUCAUACCACUUUGGGACCGGGACCCCAACACCAGCCUUCUGGAACAGGGCCACAUUGUCCAUUACCUGUUGCAGGUCCUCAUCUCCAGCCCCAAGGACCAAACAGUAUUCCAACACCUACUGCUUCAGGGUUCUGUCCUCAUCCUGGCUCUGUGGCCCUGCCACAUGGGGUGCAAGGACCUCAGCAGGCAUCGCCAGUGCCUGGACAGAUUCCAAUUCACAGAGCACAGGUGCCACCAACGUUUCAGAACAAUUACCAUGGUUCAGGGUGGCAUUAAAAUGGACUCCAAAAACAUUUUUUAAAAUGUUCUGUAAGAUAAACUGUAUAUUUCAUAUGUACCUAUUAAGGUACUUUUUAAAGCUUGUACAUGAAACUUUGUAUAAAAAAAAACAAAAAAACAAAAACCAGUGCUCUUUCAUUGUAUUUUUCCCAUUUUUGCUUUUUAAAAUUCUUUAAAAAAAAAAAAAAAUGUGCUAAGCCAGUAUUAGGUAUCUUUAUUUUACAAGUGAACAUUCCAGCUGUUUUCUGGCAAUAGAUUUGAUGCUACAUGAUCUUUAAAUUUUAUUGUUGCAGUUAAAUUCAUUUAGUGAAUGUUUUCUAUAUUAUUUUCUACAUAUGCAUUAAGUACACAGCUAAGUAAUGGCACUAUGAAGAUUUUUUUUUUUUUUUUUGGUCAGCAGUUCUGUGAGUGCAACUUAGGUAUAAAAUGCAAUACAGAUUUUUAUAGUUUGGUGUGGACAUGGCUCAUUUUGUUUUAUCAGUUAUUUGCAAGCAGAAUGUAAUUUAAUGUAUAGAUGAUUUCUAAUGUCUCCUGACAAACUGUAAAUACUGCAUUUCUUUUGCGUAUAUAAUUGCUUACAGCUUUUUUCAUUUGAUAUAUAGCAUUGUACAUAUGACAAGUCUUUUGCAAAACUGUGUGAUCUUUGUGAAAGUAGUACAGUAUAUGACCUUUCAUUUCUUUUUUAUUUUUAAAUAUCCUGUCACAUUGAAGCACUGGUUGGGCAUUUUAAUUCAUGUUAAUAAAUCACAAUUAUGUCAGUUUUA